CAGACUGUUCUGGAACUUGUUUGACUCUCAGUAUGAAGAUAAAAACAAAACAAGCAAAAAAAGUCGAGACUUUCCAUCUGUCUGGCUGUGGGAGCGAGUGAAGGCGGUCUCCUCGUCCAGCAGCUUCUCCAGAAAUGAAGGGCCAACAGAAAAGCCCCGAGCCGGACGGGAGUGUCUCUGUCAACGAGGAAGGGUCUGUCGCCACCGCUGAGGAUCCUGCAGCCAUCGCCACCAUCCAGUCCGCGGCCACCUUCACCGAUCAGCCCAUCAAAUAUCUCUUCAAGACGGAGGGGGCGGGCGGACAGGUGACCUACAGGGUGAUCCAGGUGACUGACGGACAGCUGGAGGCCCAGACAGACGGAGCGGCGGCCGUCAGCCUGGUGACGGGCUUCCCUGCCACCACUCAGGCCGUCACACAGGCGGUCUUCUCCCAGUCAGAGGCCCUGGAGGGCGACGGCGGCGCCGAGACGCAGUACACCUACUACCCCGCCACCAUCGCGGACGCCACCACCGGCACCAUGGUGACCACGGUGCAGGCGUCCGACACGCUGCUGGGCCAGACCACGCCCACAGGUACCCAGACACACACGCCUGGAGCCGGGCUCCCCGCCGCUCACCGCCUCGUCCCCUCCACAGGGCAGCUCUACGUCAUGAUGUCGCCCCAGGAGGUCCUGACCUCCAACCAGAGGACCAUCGCGCCCCGCACCCAGCCGUACAUCGCGAAACAGGAAGCUCCUCGUGCCUCCAGAGACGAGAAGCGGCGAGCUCAACACAACGAAGUGGAGCGCAGGCGCAGGGACAAGAUCAACAACUGGAUCGUGCAGCUGUCCAAAGCCAUCCCGGACUGCAACGUGGACUACACCAAGACGGGACAGAGUAAAGGAGGGAUCCUGUCCAAAGCCUGCGAGUACAUCAAGGAGCUGCGGCAGAGCAACCUGAAGCUGGGGGAGGACAUCGGCACCCUGGACCGCCUGCGGAUCGACAACCAGCUGCUCAGACAGGAGGUGGAAGACUGGAAGUCCAAGAACCAGAUCCUGAGGAACCUCCUGCGACAGCACGGCAUUGUGGGAUCGUCCAGCUCGGACCCCCAGUGAGCGGCGCCUUCCAGAACCACCACCAGGGGCCAACGGAGGACUUGGAAGUUGCUGCGAGAUCCAGAGUGCAUGAGAAACAUAACCCAUUACUGUCCUUCAUAUUCAGACGACACACGGCUCUCCUGGCUUUUUACAGCGAUUUGGAAUCAUCUUCUGGUAAAACCAGAGCAAUCAGAAAGGAAGUGCGGGAAUCAGUGAAGACCUUCCUCCAUUCGGCUGUGCACCAGUCCAGCUCACUAAGCUACUUCUGUCUUUUGGUUCCUUUAAAGUCUGUGUAGAGCAUUUUAUUCUGACUGUUAGCAAACACAAAAUGCAGCUGUUCACUGUCGACUAAAAGUCAAACCCCCAAACUCCUGAAAGGAGUCUCUGCUCCCAUGCGGCUGCUUCAUCAUCAUCAUCAUCAUCUUCAUCAGCAGCAGCAGAUAAUCCAGGAAUCUGUCCUCUGUUCAGAUCACCGCUACUGGAGCUGCUGGCAAUCUGAAGAAAUUGAAUGAAGCUCGCCCGAUCUUCACUCCUCCUAACAUGUAGAAUGUAUUUGGACUCACGCGACUCUGCUGUACACAGACUUUAACCUCUGUAGUCCUCCAUCCAAUCCAUUCAGCUUCUCCUCUUCCUUUUUUUUUUUUUUUUGUUUAUUUUUUUAUUUUGAAAGUUUCACGACGCCUCACCGGGGAAAAUAAUUACAUUGCAACAAUGUAACUAACAGGAUUAACGGGGCGGGAAGCAUCGCAUUGUAGUUAGGCUGCGUACGUCUUUGUAAUAAAAUAUACUGUAUGUCAUCAAACAC